AUAUAAUAAUGAUUAAGAAUAAAAGAAAGAUAAAGAACUCAUGGAGUCAACCUGAUAUCAAGAUUCAGAGAGAAGCUAAUAUAGGAGACAAGCAGCUAUCCAAUCUCUCUAGUAUUAGAAGUGAGGGGUCCGAUAUCAACAGAAAUAAUGAAUCUAAGGAUGACUAUGCUCAAUUUAUCUCCCAUCUCACACUAAAAGAUGGAUCCACAUUGAAUAUAGAGUCGUCAUCAGGAUUAUUUCCCAAAACAACUAAUAUAAAAGACAUGAGUCAAGGGAACAAAAUUAGAUGGUUAGCUCAGAAUCAGUCUAGAGUAACAGAAGCAGGCAAAAGCACUUUCUUGCCUGCUAUCAUCUCUAAAGUUAUUCCGAGGAAGAAGGAGCCCAAAACUCGACUGAGAAAGUACAACUUUGUAUUUCCUAAAAAGCAGGAGGCUGAAUCUAAGGUGAAGGCUUACAAUUUGCCUGAAACAAAAUAUGAUGUUGAUACUAUUAAAGACAUAAGGAUUCAGUAUAAAAUAGUUUACAAUGAGAUCGAAUGCCUUAAGGAGAAUGCCAAAAUGCUGAAUGUAUACUCUGAGCCAUGGAUCCUCUUUCAUUUCCCAAGGAUGACUUUGUCUUCAAAGCGUAGUUUCAACUAUAAGCUUGAAAAGUUAUGAGGAAUGAUCAUCCUCAUUUCUCAGAUUAUCCUUCAAGAGUUUGCUAAAGAUCCUGAAAGUAUAGGAAUCUCCGAUGUUUCACACUUUCUUCAACAAAUUGAUGAGAUCAAUAAUGAGGUGAAAGCUUUGAAGCAGAACUUCGCUGCUCUUACAAGUAUUAUUGUCUUCUUGGAAGACUCUAUAGAAGCAUAUUCUAUAAUCAGCAAGAGCAGUGAUAGAGUAUCAGCCAGGCCUCAGGAAGUCUUAAAGUUACUGAAUCUGGUCAGCAGGGCCAGAUUCAAUUGUACUGAAUUGAUAGAGAGGAUCAAGCUCUUUGAGAAAAAUACUCAUGUUAAAAAUCAUCAAAAAGACCAAGAGACUAAACGUAAGAAAAUAAAGAAGAGUAAGAAAGAUAAGGAAAAUGAGCAAGAUGAAAAAGAAGGAGAAGGUAGUAAGGAGGGGAACUCACCCACUUUUCCCCAGCUGAGCCCUAGAAUCAGCACUGUAGAGAGUCGAAACCUUAAGAACUCUAUGAGCACAGAACUUGAGAAAAAGCAACAAGAUACCAUUAUAUUCCAAAGUCAGGUUUAUUACAAUCCAUAUAUGCAAGAGCAAGCUGAAAAAGCUGAGAAGGCAGCCAAAGCCAAGGCUCUACUAGACAGUAAGAAGAAUUCGAGUAUGAAAGCUUUAAAGGCGAAAUCAUACCUCUAAAAGAUGGAAAAGAGAUUAAAAACAAAGGAAAGCAGACUAAAAAGUUUAUGGCUCAAGUGUUAAAAUAAGAUGCAGCCUUCUAAGAGAGAUAAGUUUACAAUCAAUAAGAAUUUGUUUAAAACAGAUAAGAUCACAAUGGAGACAGAUAUUGAUGAAAGAAAGAAUGACCAGAUCAAGGUGAUCCAGAGGCACAAAAUAGUAACCGAUAAAGCAAUGGAUAUUGCUCUUAGCUACUGAAGUUCAUCGGUGAGAGACCAAAUGAGAAGCAUCAGGAGAGGCGCUUCUCAAAACCAUGCUCAGCUUUAGCCACUACCAGAUGCAUGAAAACGUAUAAGUUUAAGCACA